AUGAAGAACAAGAAAAAGUUGCUUAACCCAUCUGGGUCAGGUAAUAACAAAUCAAAUAAGAAAAAAAUAAAUAAAAAUAAAUGUAAAAGUAUAUGUCAAAGUAAAUCAGAGAAAGUUGAAAAGAAUUCAAAAAGAAUUAAUAUUAAAAAGAAAAAGAAUAAAGAUGUAUCAAAAAUGAAUGAUAUGAAUUUAUUAAAAAAAAAAAUGAUUACUAAAAGAUAUAGAUGGCUUUUUCCUGAUAAGAAAAAAGAAAACGUAGACGAAUCAGAUUCAAAUGAUUAUAGUUCAAGUUGUUCUUAUGAUGAUAAAAAGAAGGAAAAGAAAAAAUUUGUCUUGUAUAAAAAGAAAAAAAAUAAUAAUAAUAGUAAAAAAAAAAAAAAAGUAAUAUUAAAUUCAUUUCAACAAUUAGGAUUAAGUGAAAAUAUGUGUAGAAGUAUAGCAUCAAAUUUAAAAUAUAAUAAACCUACAGAUAUACAAAAAUUAUGUAUUAAUAAAAUAUUAAAUAGAAGAGAUGUUAUAUGUAUUAGUAAAACAGGAUCAGGAAAAUCAUUAGUUUAUAUAUGUACACUUAUUGAUAUAUUAAAAGAACAUAAUAAAUAUUAUGGAAUUAGAGGUUUGAUAAUAUUACCUACAAAAGAAUUAGUUAUACAAAUAUAUAAAUUAUGUAAAAAAAUCUGUAAGAAUUAUUUUCAUUUAAAUAUUAAUAUUAUUAUAGGUGGUGUUAGUAUUAUUAAGCAAUUUGAUAUACUAAAUGAAAAUUUAGAUAUUUUAUUAUGCACUCCAGGUAGAUUAUCUUUUUUAUUACAAGAAACAAAAUUAAGCUUAGAAAAAGUAGAAAUAUUAAUUAUUGAUGAAGCUGAUAGAUUAUUAGAAUUAAAUUAUUAUAAUGAUAUGAAUAUUAUAUAUAAAAGUUUAAAUAAUACAUCCAAACAAACCAUUUUAGUUAGUGCUACCUUACCUACAAAUGUAGAAAAUUAUUUCAAAUUAAAAUUAAAUAAUCCUCAUAUACUCUAUCUAACUUCUGAUAAUACUAUAAAUGAAAAAGUUGAUUUACAUUUUCUAUUUUGUAGAUCAUAUGAAAAAUAUGCACUCCUUCUUAAAUUAAUAUUAAUUUUUAAAAAAAAAAAGUUAGGUAAAACCAUGAUUUUUUUUUGUACUAAAUAUCAUAUAUUAUUUUUUAGUAAUAUCUUAAAACAUUUUAAAAUACAUCAUUCUAUAUUAUAUGGAAAUUCAGAUACAUCUUUCCGUUUUGAACAAAUAAAUAAUUUUACAAACAAUAAUCAUAUUCAAUUCUUGCUAGUUACUGAUGUAGCAUCCAGAGGAAUAAAUAUUACAUCUGUUCAAAAUGUUAUAAAUUACAAUUUACCAUUCUCUCCCAAGAUAUUUAUUCAUAGAAUAGGUAGAGCAUGUCGAACGGAUAUAAAUGGAUAUGGUAUUUCUCUUUUAACAUAUCAAGAUAUAUUAUAUGCUUACGAAAUUUGUUUCUUCAUAGGAAAAAAAUUGACCUUUUUUAAGAAGGAACUAUCUGAAAUUGAUUAUCAGGUUGAAGAGGCAUCUACUAACGAAUGCAUCCAAAAAGGGAAGGAUAAUCAAGACAUAAAUAUAGUAAAUGAAAUAAACCAUAAUACCAAUAUUACUAAUGACAAUACUAAUCUGUGUGGUCAUGAUAAAAAUAUAAUAGAUAAACCAUAUAACUCUUCAUAUAAAAAUAAUUCAAACGAUGUUGUAUAUAUGGGAUGUAUAUCACACCUUAAUGAUUAUAUUGAAUAUAUAGAAGAUUUAAAAAAAAGAGACACCGAGUUAAUGUCAUUAAAUAAAAGUAUACUAGCAUCAUACAAAUUAUAUUAUUCAAUGCGACCUAAGGUAUCUAAAUAUGUUAGCACUAAAUGUAUAAAUAAGAUAAAUAAAAUUGGAGGUUUAUAUAAGUUAUCUUUAUAUAAUCACCCCCAUUGGAUAUAUGAGAAUGAGGGAUAUAUGACUGAAGGUGGCAUAGAAACAACUAAAGAGAAUAAGACGGAUGAAUUAAUAGAGUCUCAAAAUCAAAUUGACAUUACAAAUAAUAAUAAUAAUAAUAUUAAUAUUAAUGAUGGUGAUGCUUAUAUGUGUAAUGACGAAAAUAAUGAUGAAGUGGAUAUCCUCUUCAAUAACUUAAUAAAUUACAUAUCCCAUAAUAAUAAUAAUAACAAAAGUAAUGGAGAAAUAAAAAAUGAAGAUAAUCAAGACAAUCAAGAUAAUCAAGACAAUCAAGACAAUCAAGACAAUCAAGAUAAUCAAGAUAAUCAAGAUAAUCAAGAUAGUGAAGAAAAUAAUAUGGAACAUAUGAAUGGUAAUUAUGAUUAUUCAAAAAACGAAUUAAUAUCUAUUAUUCAUAAUUUUGAACAUAAAAAUUCAAACAAUAAAAUAAAAACCAUAUCUGAUGAAUUAAAACAAAAAUUAAAUCAACUUAAAGAGAAAACUGAAAGGUAUAAAAGUAGACGUAAUUAUCUACUAUCAAAUGAUGUAAAUGAAUUUAUGGAUACAUUAACAUAUCAGUUAAGUGACGAGGAAGAUGAAAAUGAAGAUAUUAAAAAUAUCCCACAUAUAUGGAAAAAAAUAUUUUUACAUUCAAAAGGGAAUGAUAAUUCAACAUCUAUGAAUACAAAUGAUCAUAGUGAGAAUAUUAAUGAGAAUAAGAAAAAAUUAAGUAAGAGAGCAUUAAAAAAAUUAAAAAAAAAUGAAAACAAUAAUGACAACACUAAUAAUAAUUAUAGUAUUAGUAAUAAUAAUUAUAGUAUUAGUAAUAAUAAUUAUAGUAUUAGUAAUAAUAAUUAUAGUAUUAGUAAUAAUAAUAAUAGUGUCAGUAAUAUAAAAAACAUAUCAUUUGAUGACAUUUUAAAAAUUAUCAACGACAAAAGAAUGAAAAAUGAUAUGUCUUAUAAUAACUCAUCCACGUUGGAUCUUAAACAUCCUGGUUAUGAUUUACCUCCAGAUGAAACAGAAGAAUUAAAUAAACAAAGAUUUGUAAAAAAACAAAUUUGGGAUAAAAAAAAAAGAAAAUUUGUUCUAACAGAAAUUGAUACCUUCCAAACUGACGAAUUAGGUAUUAAGAAAAAAAUAAAUAAAAAAAAAGAUGAAAAAACUAAUACUAUUACAAACUUAUAUGAGAAGUGGGUUAAAUCAACUAAAAAAAGAAUCAAAAAUAUAGGAGAAUUAGAAGAUGAAAAUGAUAAUAUACAAAAAAAAAAUAAAUUCAACAAAAAUAAAAAAGAUAAGAAAAAGAAAUAUAAUAAUAACGACAAUAAUAAUAGUGAUGAUAAUAACUCAGAAACAAAUGAAAAACAAUAUAAUAUUAAUAUGCUUAAAUUAAUGCACCCAGAAAUUCCAGAAGCUUUAUCAAAAAAUAAUAAACUAACCAAAAAACAACAAAGAAUUUAUAAAAAAUAUAUAUCUGGAAAAUAUUUAAAUUCAUCAACACAAAAAGAUACAAACAGUUUACAUAAUACUGCUAAACAAAGAAAAAAACAAUUACAAAAUAGAUUAAGAACAGACAAAAAAUUUAGAACCAAAUACUUGAAAAUUAAAAAGAAAAAAUUCCAAAAUAAAAUGAAACACAAACAUAAUUUAAGUAGUGCCAGGGAAAGAUCACUUAUGAUUGUAAAGAAUAAAAAAUAA